AAUGUAAAUGAAAAAUUCUAGGAGUAACAUUUUGAAAUUUCCCAAAUGUUUGAAACUAUUUUAUCUUAUAAGGCAACACCUGUCAAUUCUUAGAAAAUUGAUAGAUAGUUGCUCAAUAUAAAAAUAUACAAAUAUUAACUGACCCUCACAGUCAACUGUCUUAUGGUAUCAAACACAAAUAAUUUAUUCAUUAUGUUUAAAUUUUUAAUUUGUGUUCUUGUUGUUUCUUUUUCAUACGGUUUAGAGGCCGAUUUUGCACGCCGAUUACACAUUGAUGAGUUACAGUAUGAAAAUACCUUAAAGAAAUUUGUCAGUUCUGGAAAAGCACCCGAAAAUGCUGAUCCAUGUAAACCUAAUCCUUGCAAAAAUAAAGCAAAGUGUGCAGUCAUUAAUAAUGAUGUGCAUUGUGAAUGUGAUUAUCGACAUAAGGGAAAAUUCUGCGAAAUAGAUACAUGUGGAGAUAUUUCUUGUUAUAAUGGUGGAAAGUGUUUAGUGACUCCAAAUAGUGCAAUGUGCAGGUGUAAUUAUCCAUAUAGGGGAGAAUUCUGUGAAAUAGAUCCAUGUGCAAAUACUAAUUGUCAACAUGGCGGAACAUGCGUACCCGGAGACAGGGGUAAUUCAUGUUUAUGCAAAUACCCAUACAAAGGAAAGUUUUGUGAAAUAGAUCCAUGUGCAAAUACUAAUUGUCAACAUGGCGGAACAUGCGUACCCGGAGACAGGGGUAAUUCAUGUUUAUGCAAAUACCCAUACAAAGGAAAGUUUUGUGAAAUAGAUCCAUGCGCAAAUACUACUUGUCAACAUGGCGGAACACGUGUGCCCUUAAGCAAUGGUUGUAAAUGCUUAUGCAAGAACCCAUAUAAAGGAAAGUUUUGUGAAAUAGAUCCAUGUGCAUAUAUUACUUGUCAAAAUGGUGGAACAUGUGUACCCGAAGACAGUGGUCCUUCAUGUUCAUGCAAGAACCCAUAUAAAGGAAAGUUUUGAGAAAUAGGUAAAUAUAUAUGAACCUCUUAUUAAAUAAAUUGUUAUAAUUUUAACGGAAUAUUAAACUUCAACCACUAUCCGUUAAUUUGAAGAAGAAAAAUUUUUUUAAAAUUCAAAAAACACUUUGACCUAAAAACGGUAAAACUGUAUCUUAAGAUAGAAAAUUCCUAUUAAAAUAAA